CGUCGAUGACACACAACAAGAGGAGUAGUGGUGUUGCAAACAGAAGCUGAACUUGUACCUAGCAACACAGGUGGAACAAUGGGAACAAUGGAAACCGGAGAGUCUGUUCGCAAGCGAAACCGUGGAGGAGAUGGGGGUGGUGAGGAGGAACGUAGUCGUUUACGGCCAAGCACAGACAAAGAUGAGAGGGGGGUGCAUUGGGCAAAAUUUCGGAGCAAAGGAAGUGAGCCUCGAAGAGAUUGUGAUGUUCUUUGCAUUGGAGCUGCAGGACAGGAAGCUGUAGCAGUAAAAACUAAAGUAAGGGGAAUUACACUUAGGGAAACUGUUGUACUGAAAACUGCAGCAAUGGAAACCGCAGCAGUAGAAACUGCAGCAGCGGAGACUGGAGCAGUGGAAACCCGAGCAAUGGAAACUGCAGCAGUGGACACAGCAGCAGUGGAAACCGCAACAAUGGACACUGCAACAGUGGAAAAUGGAGCAGUGGAAACAGCAGCAGUGGACACUGCAGCAGUGGUAACCGCAAUAGUGGAAACUGCGGUAGCGGCAGAUGAGCAAGCAGGGGCAGGACGAGAGCAUCGUGGGGGCAAAGAAGAAAUUGGAUGAUACAAGGACCAUCGUAGCACGCGUCGAAACCACUGAGAGAGACACGUCACAUGCGUAGGAUAGCAACGUUGGCGGGAGUGCAUGUAGCAGGUCCACCCCUUAGCAAGGGUUGGUGGAGAAUGCCCACGCGAAAGCAUACGACGAGU